CAAGGACACUGCACAAAGGGGACACUUAACUGUGACCAGGACCAAGUCUUCCCUCUGUUCCCCAGGAGCCGAAGCUUUUCAAGUCAACAGGUGUAACCGGACAACGGAAAUCCUUCCUCUCUGCCUUUGUCAUCAGAAUUCAUCCGACCCCCUCUUCAGACUGAGACCAUGGACACAGCUGCGGUGGUGACUCUUCUGGCUCUGGUUGUGGCGAUGGCUGGCGUCAGUCAGGCUCUUCACAUCCAAGGCAGCCUGGGCAAGAAUGAGAUCCUGCCAGGCUCCGAGGAGGACAUGACCGACCACCUGCUUGGACUGGAGAGUGAAAACACAGAUAACAGCAUUGAUGAUCGUCUGCUGACUGCAGUGCUGAGAGCUCUGCUGCUCGGGUCUCAGAGAGAAACCAGGAACUCUGUCCUCCAUCAGCCACAGAGGUUUGGCCGUGGCUCCAGAGGGCAGGUGGUCUCGGAGGAACAGAUACAUUCCCGUGACUGGGAGGCCGCCCCCGGUCAGAUCUGGAGCAUGGCCGUGCCCCAGAGAUUCGGCAAGAAAUAAUAUGGCAAGCAGAUCCACACAUCAAUGUCCUGGCAUAAAGCCAAGCAGUGGACAACUGUGGGGAGACAAAAAUUGAAUGAAUAAAUCUGAAUUAUAUUAUUUUUUCAACCUUCGUCCCAGCCCUUUAGGGCUUUGCUUGACACCAUACAUUUAGCCAAACGUGACAUGAGCUUCAUUUUAUUGUUUUUCUUUUCCAACAAAGCAUGUUAACGGGUGCCUGUUAAGGUUUUCUGAGCAGAUCUCAUU